AUGCCACAUAUUGCUGCCUUUACUCCGCCAGUAAUCGUAUGUGACAAAGAUACCUCGGAACCCGUUUUUGGAAGUACUUUGGCCGCAAUUUGUCACUAUGAACAGACGACAGUUCCACGUUUUAUCCAACUGGUUACAGAAGUAGUCGAAUCGAAAGGUCUCGAUACAGAUGGUCUUUAUCGAGUUAGUGGCAAUCUUUCAUCGAUUCAAAGGAUUCGAUGCCAGGUUGAUCAAGAAAAAUAUGUUGCUUUACUGGCAGAAGAUGAUGUCCAUGUUUUAACAGGAGCUUUAAAACUAUUUUUUCGCGAAUUAUCAGAACCAAUUUUUCCAGCUAAUUUGGCUAAGGAUUUCAUUUACGCCAACCGGCUACCUAAAGGGGAAGGAAAAUUAAAAGCAUUUGACGAUUUAUUAAAUAAACUACCAUUGGUUAACCGAGAAACACUCAAAGUUCUAUUUGGACAUCUUAUACGAGUUGCUAAUCAUGCAGAUAAGAAUCGAAUGGAAAUCCACAAUUUGGCAAUCAUGUUUGGUCCAUCUCUCUUCAGCAGUGGUACGAACGAUAUCAAUGGUGAUAACAAAAAGGGAGGCAGUUCGAAAAAGGGGAAAGCUGCUAAUAAGAAGUUGAAAGAAAAACCAGCCGGUGUACAAAGCAAUUCGCAUCUUGCUUAUAAUAUGAUUAUGCAGGGGCAAACGGUAGAAUAUCUUCUGAAAGAGUUCAAACGAUUUCCAUCGAUGCAGUCGCAGCAACAGUUAUCUGUAUCUCUUAAGUACUCUUGAUUUAUACUGUGC